UUCUUUACUUUAUAAAUACACACACUUCUUUGGCUACCUUACUUCCAUUUCCCUCUUCUCUUCUUCUAAUCUUUCUGAAUACAAGCUGUGUGUGUAGAGAGAUUUCAUAAAGACAGCAAACAUCCCUUCUUUUUGUUCUGUUUUAAAAGUUCCCUUCUUCAACCAGCUCUUUUCCUCAUCAGGGUAAGUUGCAAAUAAAGGGGAUGUUCCAGAAUCAAGAAGAGAAGAUGUCAGACUCGCCUCAGAGGAAGAUGGGAAGAGGAAAGAUUGAGAUUAAGAGGAUUGAAAAUACAACAAAUCGUCAAGUCACUUUCUGUAAGAGAAGAAAUGGGUUGCUUAAAAAAGCUUAUGAACUUUCUGUUCUUUGUGAUGCUGAAGUUGCUCUCAUCGUUUUCUCAAGCCGUGGCCGCCUCUAUGAAUAUGCUAACAACAGUGUGAAGGCAACAAUUGAUAGAUAUAAGAAAGCAUCCUCAGAUUCCUCCAACACUGGAUCUACUUCUGAAGCUAACACUCAGUUUUAUCAACAAGAAGCUGCCAAACUCCGAGUUCAGAUUGGUAACUUACAGAACUCAAACAGGAACAUGCUAGGCGAGUCUCUAAGUUCUCUGACUGCAAAAGAUCUGAAAGGCCUGGAGACCAAACUUGAGAAAGGAAUUAGUAGAAUUAGGUCCAAAAAGGUUGGUUUUCAUCAUUGUUUCUUAAUUAUAUAUUUAUAUAUUUCUAUGAGAAACAAAUUAGUUAACAACUUUUUGUUUCUUGCUCUCUCUCUCUUCCAGAAUGAACUCCUGUUUGCUGAGAUUGAGUAUAUGCGAAAAAGGGAAAUUGAUUUGCACAACAACAAUCAGAUGCUUCGGGCAAAGAUAGCUGAGAGUGAAAGAAAUGUGAACAUGAUGGGAGGAGAAUUUGAGCUGAUGCAAUCUCAUCCGUACGAUCCAAGAGACUUCUUCCAAGUGAACGGCUUACAGCAUAAUCAUCAAUAUCCACGCCAAGACAACAUGGCUCUUCAAUUAGUAUAAGUUUAUAAUAAAAUGCAUGGUUUGAAGCACUCUGAUUGUGGUGGAUUUGGAUUAUGUAUAAGGGAGUGCAGGCCAUUUGCCAAUUAUUGAAAGGUACUCAAACAGGAAGUUGAAGAAGUUCAUCAUCUCUCUCAUCUAUAUGUCUUAACAAAAGUCUUAGCUUAUGGACUCUAAAACAAAGACUUAAUUUAAUAUAUAAAUAUAAUUGUGUAAUGCUGUUGUAUUGUAUGGUAUGUAUCCAAAAACAUUAAUAACCUAUCUUUUUCUUCAAAUUAUGUCUCCUUUGAUACAAACUACUAACAUAUUUUCUUAUA